AAAUCAUGAAUAACAUGUGCAGUUACUUUAAAUUGUAAACUCUCCCACGGACAGGCGGGGAAGCAAACACACCGAUUUAGCCGAUGAAAACACCCUUAGCCACUCCCCUUUAUGAGUGCCUUCUUUGAUCGGGCAACGUCUAGGAGCCGCCAAGGGUUCACCUUCGCUAUAUCCUUCCAAAUGUGUUAUUAUCUGCUAAUAUAAUCCUUUUUACUGAUCAUUAUUGAGCCUCCUCGGUGAAUGGUAAUGCCUCGUUCACAUGGUGGAUGAAGAGUGCCACAGUGGCAUCCCCCCAGCCCUCCCCCAGUCACAAGGCUGUCUGACCGAGCACGCUGUCGGCCGCAAUGAGGAGAAUAACGGGCAAGGCGAAAGAUGAAACUUUGAUCGAGCUGCAGGGCACCAACGACUCCCUCGCUGGAGAUGGCCUUGCUGUGCUGACUGCAUACAGGAUCAACGUGCACACAGAUGAAAACGGAGGAAAUGGUGUUAAUUCACUCUCAGAGAGAGAAACGCUGCCAGGGCAUACUGAGACUGAGAAGCUCCAACCAAACAAAGACACUGUGUUCUUUCGGGACGGUGUGCGGCGGAUCGACUUUGUGUUGUCUUACGUGGACGACAAAGACGGAGAGAAGAAACAGGAGAGGAGGAGGGAGUUCGAGGCCAACCUUGAGAAAGCAGGACUGGAGCUGGAGACAGAAGACAAAUCUGACUCCAAAGACCAAAAGACAUACUUCUUGAAGAUCCAUGCUCCAUGGGAUGUUCUGGCCACUUAUGCAGAUGUGCUGAAGAUUAAGGUUCCUUUCAAAGCUAGUGAUAUCCCUCAUGGCAAGGAUGUUCCUCUGGAGUGGCUCUCGCAUCCUUUCCGCUUGCCGGAGCACAUCAUGUACCCCCAGCCAGAUUAUUUCACCUUUCCCUUUGACAAACGCAAGACUGACUUCUUCCUCAUUAAUGACAAGGAAACCUUCUUCCCACCUUCCACAAGGAACAGAAUUGUGUACUACAUCUUGGCUCGAUGUCCGUAUUACAAGGAUGGACGACAAGAUAGGGACAAGACUGGGAUCAAGCGAUUACUCAGCAAUGGGACGUAUACAGCAGCGUUCCCACUUCAUGAUUGUCGAUACUGGAAGAGGGCAAGAGAUGCUGAAUGUGAGAGCGAGCGCUUCAACUUGUACACGCACUGGGCCAGGUUUCUCUGCUUUUACAAAGAACAGCCGCUUAACCUCAUCAGGAAAUACUACGGUGAAAAGAUCGGCAUCUACUUUGCGUGGCUGGGCUUCUACACUGAGAUGUUGUUCUUUGCAGCCGUCAUGGGUUUUAUAUGUUUCACCUACGGGGUGCUUAGCUAUGACGACAACAUAUCAAGCAAAGAGAUUUGUGACGCCAGUAUUGGAGGCAGUAUCGUGAUGUGCCCACUAUGUGACAAAAAGUGCUCUUUCUGGAAACUCAACUCUACGUGUCUUUCAUCCUGGCAAUCCCAUCUGUUUGACAAUGAGGGGACUGUGUUCUUUGCCAUAUUCAUGGGGAUCUGGGUAACGCUCUUCUUGGAGUUCUGGAAGCGGCGUCAAGCCCGGUUGGAGUACGAGUGGGACCUGGUUGACUUUGAAGAAGAACAGCAACAGCUGCAAAUCCGUCCCGAGUUUGAAAUCAGAUGUACUAACAGGAGACUCAACAAGAUCACUCAGGAAAUGGAACCAUAUCUUCCCACCACCAGCAAGUGCGCUCGCUUCUGCCUCUCUGCUACCACGGUCAUCUUCUGGAUCUCUCUGAUCCUGGCAUGUAUUAUUGGGGUCAUAGCUUACAGGCUGGCUGUGUAUGCUGCCUUUGCAAGUAUCAUCAAAAACCCCAUGAGGAAGAUCCAGGUGGUGGGCAGGUUCAUCACUCCACAACUGGCCACCUCUGUGACAGCUUCCUGCAUUAACUUUGUCAUCAUCAUGAUCCUCAACUUUUUCUAUGAGAGGGUGGCUGUCUGGAUCACUGAUAUGGAGAUUCCAAAGACCCAUUUGGAGUACGAGAACCGGCUCACCAUGAAGAUGUUCCUCUUUCAGUUUGUCAACUAUUACUCCUCUUGCUUCUACGUUGCUUUCUUCAAAGGAAAAUUUGUGGGCUUCCCAGGUGAAUAUUCGUACAUGUUCGGAAAGUGGAGCAAGCUGAGAAAUGAAGAGUGUGACCCUGGAGGCUGUCUGAUUGAGCUGACCACUCAGUUGGUGAUCGUCAUGGCAGGAAAACAACUGUGGGGAAACAUCCAGGAAGCUCUGCUACCGUUGAUGCGUAACUGGUGGAGCAGCAGAAGAGGACGGCACCAUCCUGAGAAUCAUUGCAGCCGCUGGGAGCAGGACAACGUCCUGCAGAACUUCGGCCAGCUAGGAUUGUUCUAUGAGUACCUGGAGAUGGUUGUCCAGUUUGGUUUCAUCACUCUGUUUGUAGCCUCGUUUCCUUUGGCUCCCCUACUGGCUCUCUUUAACAACAUUCUGGAAAUUAGAGUGGAUGCUUGGAAGUUCACCACCCAGUUCAGACGACCUGUGGCGUCCAAGGCCAGAAACAUCGGAGCGUGGCAGGAGAUACUCAAUGCAGUUGCCAUAUUGUCCGUUGUUACAAAUGCAUUCAUCAUGGCAUUCACCUCAGACAUGAUUCCUCGUAUGGUCUACCUGUAUGCGUACAGUAAAGAGGGCUCCAUGUGGGGUUACGUGAACAACAGCUUGUCAGUAUACAACAUUUCACAGAUCCCUGACCCCAACAUGCCAGAAGAACAAGCCUACUGGUUUGAUAAUUCAACAGCCAACUGCAGAUACAGAGAUUAUCGCUAUCCUCCAGGCCAUCAUAGGGAGUAUACUCACACCAUGCAGUUCUGGCACAUACUGGCCGCCAAGAUGGCCUUCAUUAUCACCAUGGAGCACGUGGUCUUUGUGGUGAAGUUCUUUGUGGCCUGGAUGAUCCCGGAUGUACCUUCGGACGUGAAGGCCCGGAUCAAACGGGAACGCUACCUGAUCCAAGAGUACCUGCAUAACUAUGAGGUGGAGAGGCUCAAACUUCAGCUGAGCGCCAGCUUCGUCACCGAGGCCUUCACAGAGAUGUCCACUGAGCUGGACAAGCAUGAAGUGCUGUCCGAGUGCCUGUAGCCAAGAAUGGACAUUUGAGAGUUGUGGGUUCAACUGCUGAUGGCAUCCAAAUGCUGACCUUGCUUCUUUUUUUUAAUAGGCUAUAAUAUAUUCCUAUAUUAGGAUCCGAGCAAGAAAAAAAAUACAAAUCUGCUUCUUAAAUGCAUGUACUAUAUUUGUGCCGUCAAAAACUGGAAGGUGUUGAUGUCAAAAUGAGCAACAAUGAGCAUAAUGAUUAUAUUGUGCGACUCCUCACGCAAUGCCUUCCUUCGUUCCAAGCUACAUGUGUUUAUGUUUGUUUUAUUGUUGAGCUAAUGACAUUUUAAUUACCCUUCUUAACUAACAGAUUUUCUUAUCUCCCCGCAUGUGACAACGUGUGCAAAGUGAAGGACUGAACUUGUCGGAAAAAGCUAAUAAUGUGUUGGUGGUGAAAAAGAUCCUCAUUGUUGCUGGUUUGUUACUGUGGUCGUGAAUAAACAGUGGAAAAUAAUCACACGGAUCAUAAAUAUGUGAGUAUGAUCUUUAGCUGGGCUAUAAGAUGGCCAUCUGUAUUGCUUGAGUGUUUUAUGUUUAUGUGAAAAAGAAAGCUUCUACUGUAACAAUCCAAUGUAUUUAUUGUCCAACCUGAAUUAAAAUUUGCAACAAUGAUUCA